AUGAUUUUAAAUUUGUUUUUCGUUUUAGGUGUACUAUGGGUUUAUAGCAACAUAAUUGAAGGUUCUGUCGAAACAAUGAAUCGUUUCAAAGAACUAGGAAAAAAAAUAUUUUUUUGUACAAAUAAUUCCACAAAAACCCGUACAGAAUUAUUAGAAAAAGCAGUCUUCUUAGGAUUUAGUAUAGAAGAGGAUAGCAUAAUAUCGACAGCUCAUUCCGCUGCAGCAUACCUCAAAAAUCGUAAUUUUAAUAAGAAAGUUUAUGUCAUUGGCACAACUGGUAUAACUAGAGAACUGGAUUCCGUUGGUAUCGAUCAUACACCAGUUGGGCCAGAUGUAAUGGAGGGUACACUGCAACAGUAUUUAUCGCAGCAUUUCAAGCCGGAAGAAAAUAUAGGUGCAGUUCUAAUUGGUUUCGAUGAACAUUUCAGUUUUCCGAAAAUGACUAAAGCUGCCUCAUAUUUAAGUGAUCCAGAUUGUUUAUUUAUUGCAACGAAUACCGAUGAGAGAUUUCCAAUGCCAAAUUUGGUUAUUCCCGGUACUGGCAGUUUUGUACGCGCUAUACAAACGUGUGCUGAACGUGAACCUUUAGUAAUAGGAAAACCUAAUCCUGGUAUAUGUGAAUGGUUGAUUAAGCGAAAUGUCAUUAAUCCAGCACGUACACUUAUGAUCGGUGAUCGUUGCAAUACAGAUGUAUUGCUCGGCUAUAAUUGUGGUUUCCAGACAUUGCUUGUUGGUACUGGCAUACAUCAUCUAAACGAUGUAGCAGAAUGGCAAUCUUCAACAGAUCCAGAAUUAAAAAAAUUAAUUCCAGAUGUGUAUUUGCCCAAACUUGGAGAUUUAUUGCAGUUUAUGUGAUGUAAUAUAAAGAGAAUCGGCAUAGCCAGAAAAGACGCUACUAUAAUUGGUU